AUGAGUUAUGUUCAAGAAAAUAUUGUUCAUAAGAUGACUUCAGAGCUUAUGCAAGGAACUUGCUUGAGUUCUUUUGCAUUUGAAAAUCAGGCUCAUGAAAUUUUUUGCUGUCAAUGUGGAGUACCAAUAUCUCCAAAUUUAUCAACAAUGUGUAUAGAUUGUAUUAAAACUGGUAUUGAUAUUACUGAGGGAAUAUCUAAAGAAAGUAUAUUGUAUUCUUGUCGAGAAUGUGGAAAAUUUUUGCACCUUCAGAAUCAAUGGUUAUCUGUUCAGAUGGAAAGUAAAGAGUUCUUAUCUCUUUGUUUAAAGAAAAUUCGUGGUUUAAACAAAGUUAGGUUGAUAGAUGCAUUCUUUAUAUGGACAGAGUCGCAUUCUCGAAGAGUUAGAAUUAAGGUGACCAUACAAAAAGAAGUAAUGGUAUCUACAAUUUUGCAGCAGACGUUCGAAAUAAAAUAUACUGUAAUGUAUCAGCAAUGCCCUGAUUGUUUCAGGAUGUAUUCUGCUCAUACAUGGAAGGCUCUUGUGCAGGUUAGACAGAAAGUUAAUCAUAAAAGAACUUUUUUAUAUCUUGAACAACUUAUUUUAAAACACUCUGCUCAUAAAGAUGCUUCAAGCAUUAAGGAGAUCAAAGAUGGUCUUGAUUUCUAUUAUUUAAAUAGAAAUCAUGCUAUUAAGUUGGUAGAAUUUCUUAGUACUGUAGUACCAGUGAAAAUUAAGAAAAGUGAAGAGCUAAUAUCUACUGACGUUAAAUCGAAUAUUAGUAGUUAUAAAUUUACGUAUUCUGUAGAGAUUGUUCCUAUCUGUAAGGAUGAUUUGAUAUGCUUGCCUAAAGAGUUGGCUAAAUCUUUGGGAAAUUUAGAACAGCUGGUUCUGUGUUACAAAGUAGGAAAUUCUAUUCAUGUUAUUGAUCCAAGAAAUCUUCAAAUUGGUAAUAUUAUUCCAGCUAUAUAUUGGAAAUUUCCUUUUUUUUCUCUUUGCGAUGUUAAAGAUUUGGUAGAAUUUGUUGUUUUGGAUGUUGAAUUAGUUGGACCAGUUAGUGGCAAAUUUGUAUUAGCAGAAGUCUUGGUUAUUCGGUCAUCUGAUUUGGGUUUAAAUAAUUCAUAUUUUGUUCAUAGUCAUCUGGGUUCUAUUUUAAAAGCGGGUGAUACCGUUUUGGGAUAUUAUCUUGAAAAUUUAAAUUUUAAUAAUUUAACUUUUGAGGCUUAUCAAGAAACAUGUGCUUAUGUUCCAGAGGUUAUUUUGGUAAAAAAAAGUUAUCAGAGUAAAAGAAAGAAAAGUAGAACAAGAAAUUGGAAACUUAAAAGUUUUUUUGGAAAAGAAAGAAGUGAAAUUAAUGAAAAAAAACAUGAUCAUACAUGUUCUGAAGAAGAUUAUGAACGUUUCCUGCAAGAUCUUGAAGAAGAUAUUGAGCUUCGUCAAAAUGUGAAUUUGUAUAAAACAAAAACAAAUUGUAAAAAAAUAUCUAUGAAUGUGGACAUCGAAGAUGAAACGGAAAGUAGUGAUGAAUUUCCUGAAAUAGACGUUAAUGAAUUAAUUGAUGAAAUUGAGGAAAUGAAUAUUUCUUCUGAAGAAAUGUAA